AUGGACUUACCCGAUAUUCCUGAACUUGGUGCCAGCGACGAGGUGCCACCAGCCUAUAGCGAAUACCAUGACCAGCUUUCACUGCACCAAGUUGGCUUUGAUGCCGGCGCGAACGUUACGGACGACGGCCGAGUAAACAUCAACAUCAAUCAGACGAGUAGACAGUUAGCCGACAUUAUAGCCCCGACCCUUCGUAACCAGCUGAAGCAGGACGCUCGAGUCGCUGCUCAUGGUGUUCUUCCACCCGCCUACAUCCCCCCGAAUCUGGGUGGUCAACCAGGCCAAACGCCGCCCCCGAAGUUGAAUGUUGUUAUACAGAUAGUAGGGUCGCGGGGAGACGUGCAACCCUUCGUUGCGCUAGGACUGGUGUUGAAGAAUACCUAUGGUCACCGUGUGCGAAUAGCGACCCAUGGCACGUUUCAGAAGUUCGUCGAGGAGAAUGGGUUAGAGUUCUUCUGCAUUGGUGGAGACCCAGCUGAACUCAUGGCUUUCAUGGUGAAGAAUCCCGGAUUGAUGCCGGGGUUUGACGCAGUGAAGAGCGGUGAGGUCACCAAGCGACGCAAGGGGAUUGAAGAGAUCGUCUGGGGUUGCUGGAGAUCUUGCAUUGAGGCAGGAGACGGUACUGGCCCAGCGCCACGACCCCAGCGCAGAGAAAACGUCACAGCCUCGGUUGAGGCGGCUUCCUCCAUGUUUUCAGAUCCUGCGAAAAGACCAUUUGUUGCGGACGCCAUUAUUGCGAACCCGCCAAGCUUUGCUCACAUACAUGUCGCCGAGAAGCUCGGGGUGCCUCUCCACCUGAUGUUCACUAUGCCUUGGUCUCCGACCAGGGCUUUCCCUCAACCGUUGGCGAACAUUCAAUCGUCAAACACAGACCCCAUAACCACCAACUACGUCUCGUACGCGCUCGUUGAAAUGAUGACUUGGCAAGGCCUGGGAGAUGUAAUCAAUCGCUUCCGCACCAAGGUGCUCGAUCUGGAACCUUUAUCGUUACUAUGGGCACCUGGAAUACUCACGCGUUUGAAAGUCCCAUACACGUACUGCUGGUCUCCGGCACUCAUACCCAAACCCAAUGAUUGGGGAAGCCACAUCGACAUCGCGGGUUUCUUUUUCCUUAAUUUGGCAUCUAACUUCUCCCCUGAUCCGGAUCUCGCUGCAUUCCUUGCGGCCGGCCCGCCUCCAAUUUAUAUCGGAUUUGGCUCAAUUGUCGUGGACGACCCAAAUGGAUUGACUAGAAUGAUAUUUGAUGCGGUAGCAGCAACCGGAGUCAGAGCACUUGUAUCUAAGGGAUGGGGUGGUCUUGGUGCUGACUCUGUUGGUCUCCCGGAGGGCGUUUUUAUGCUUGGUAAUGUACCUCACGACUGGCUCUUCCAGCACGUCUCUUCCGUUUGUCACCAUGGCGGAGCAGGAACCACUGCGGCUGGUAUCAAUGCUGGCAAACCCACUAUAGUCGUCCCUUUCUUUGGAGACCAACCAUUUUGGGGUGCCAUGGUUGCGAAGGCGGGUGCUGGACCAGAACCCAUCCCCUACCAAAAGCUCUCGGCCGAAGGUCUCGCUGAAGCUAUUCAAGUCGCCAUGAAGCCGGAAACACAAGCAAGGGCCCAAGAGCUUGGUGCCAAGAUACGAGAAGAGAAAGGGGCAGACAUUGGUGGCCAGAGCUUCCACACCCAUCUUGACGUCGAUAAGAUUCGUUGCUCUAUUACUCCUAGUAGAGUUGCAGUGUGGCGUGUCCGUAGAACCCAGGUUCGACUGAGUGCGCUGGCAGCCGCCUCUUUAGUCAACAGCGGGUUUCUGCAGUACUCAGACCUAAAGCUAUAUAAGUCGAGGGAAUACAGUACAGAAGAUGAGCCAUGGGAUCCUAUUUCGGCAGUCACCUCAGCGCUGGUAGGAGAUAUCGGUAGCAUCGGAAUGGCGGUGGCCGACUUCCCUCGGGAGUUCUUCAAGGCGGCGAAAAGCCCAAAGUCUCCAACGCCGAAAUCAGGUGAGAAUUCCGCCGAUGGUAGGAUCGUGGCUGGAUCUCAAGCGCCACCCGGGAAUUCUACUGCAACCUUGACGUCCGAUAAUGCAAGUAUUUCCUCUCUGUCUCAGUCCGUGAGGAGCCCUGGCGGUAGCACCGCAAACCUGGCGCCCAGCAUUUCAGAGGCUUCAGCUGCGACUGGAUCGACAGGCGACCGUCCGGCGGACCCAUCUCGUAACGCCUCGGAAUCUAACCCCCAACAUCUUGCUACCUCGUCGAACGUCAAUGAAAAUCUGGAACGAGCCCUCGGGGCCGGUAAGAGCAUUAACAGCAUCGUGUCUACUGGUAUGAAGAGCCCAAUGAACUUCUGCUUGGGUUUAGCCAGGGGCUUCCGAAACGCGCCAAAGCUCUACAAUGACGACAUGGUAAGACCCACUGAAAAGGUAACGAGCUUCAGCACGGGGCUGAAGGUGGCGGGCAAAGAGUUCGGGUACGGCAUGUACGACGGCAUCACUGGUCUCGUCACGCAACCUUUGAAAGGCGCACAGAAGGAGGGAGCUGUCGGACUCAUCAAGGGUUUCGGCAAAGGCAUCGGCGGGAUUGCGUUGAAACCUGCAGCCGGUAUUUGGGCAAUUCCUGCCUACGCAAUGGCCGGUGUGCACGCAGAGAUUCGAAAUAUGUUCGCGCAAAGUACCGAGAGCUACAUCGUGGCUUCUCGCAUUGCGCAGGGCAUUGAGGACUUAAAUGAAUCCACAAUGGAGGAACGAGAAGACAUCGAGACUCGCUGGAUUUCACAGAAGGACCAGAUGAAGGCCUUUUAUGGCUGGAAACAGAAAGAAAGGGACAAGGGUAGAGACACGUCUCCGGCGGCAGCAGCAGCAGCAGGAGCAGGCCAUGCUUUUGUAACCAACGAGACCGGAGACGAUUCACCACCUCGAACAGGCUGGCUACAUACCAAACAUCUUUUGUUUGAGGAGAGAAAGAAGCUGCAAGAGCAGAAGAGGGCCUGGAAGAGGCGACAAGAGGGAGCGGCAGCUCAAUCCCACUCGGGAUCGUUCAUCAAUGAAGAAGUGCUCACAGAUAGAACCGGCGAUCGCAACGACGAGAUUGAACAGGCCAUUCAAGCUGCUGUACAAGAGACAUCACGAGGGGAUGACUUCGAAGACGCACGAAUCGAGCAGGCAAUACGAUCCAGUGUUCAGGCACUUCGAAGGUCAACUACCACAAGCUUAUCUGCAACAAAGGCAUCGGAGCGACCGAUUGAGCCAUCAACGCACUCGACUUCCGCUACUUCUUUUUCAACAGACUCGAAUCCUGGAGCUCCCUUCCGUCCGGAGGACUUCGGGGAUAUCACUGAGGAAGAGUAUCAAGCAUUGAUUGAGCAAGCGGUGCGACUAAGCGUUGUAGAGGAGCAACAACAUGGUAUUCGGAUGUUCGAUGUUGAAGACGAUGACAUGGACGACGACAAGCACUUCAAGCAGGCCCUUGAGCGCUCUCAGUCCGGGCACACCCCGACACCUCAGGACGACGAGGUGUUGAGAAAGGCAAUCGAAGAAUCGCAAGCCGAGCACGCAGCCCGCGGGCAAGUUUACGGCGAUGCUGCCGAUGAAGAAGCGCUCAGAAAGGCCAUCGAGGCAUCUCAAAUAGACUACGCGCCGCCUCAAGGAGGGGAUGACGAUGAACUGAAGCGCGCCAUCGAGGCAUCAGAACGGGCACAUCAGGAGGAAUUGGCACGUGCAUCUUCAAUGCGGACGGAGGAGGAGGUCAUCCUUGAAUACGUCAAACAGCAAAGUCUCGCCGAGGAACAGUUUCGCAAGGAUAGGGAUAAGGGAAAGGCAAAAGACGCUUCGGAUGAGGAUGACGAAGACUUGAAGAGAGCGCUAGAGGAAAGCAAGAAAGUUGACAGUUGGAGGCAAGCGGGAGAAGGGUCCGGGUCGGGAUCGGGAUCGCACCCAUUGAGUGAACUACCUGGAUGA